ACCUCUCCCGGUCAUUAUUUGAAACUUGGUCACAAUGUCGAUGUACUUCGGCUUGCCUCUACUCGGGCUGCUGAACUUCUUGAAUUCGAGCGUCACGUGAACAAUCUUACUGCUCGUGCCAUUACCGGUCUGCAACGUCUGCCUAUCCGACUUCGCCGUCGAGCCGCCAGCCACCGUCCAAAUCGGCUUCCUAGGCGAUUACAUCGAUUUCACCCAGUGUCCAAGCAGGUUUGCUUUUGGGGCUAUAUUUCCACUUCAUAUAUUUAUCCAUCGGCACUUCUUUUUUCGAUGAUUACUGAUUAA